CUCGCACCACGAUCAUCUCCCAAGCACAAUAAUAACCUGAUAGGCUAGGACAGUGACGAGAUAUCUAUGAGGAAGAGAGUAAACGAGUCUUAACUCCUCUGAAUCGAAUCCUAGCCCACGCACCCACGACUACAUACAAAACCACAGCCCAGCGCAAUCAUCAUGCCGACCGCAACUCUCCCUACACCCACGCCAGAGGAACUGGAGGACCUGAUCUAUUUCUCACGUACAGGGGACGUGGAGUCAUUAAAAGAGACGAUAGAGGCAGUGAGCACAAAUCAUAAAUCUCCUGCGUCAGUGAUACUGGCAUCGGCGAUCGACAUUGACGCCGAUGGACUGGGGUCACAGGCCUCGCUACUACACUAUCCAGCAGCCAACGGCAAUCUCGAGGCUGUGAAAUAUCUCCUUUCGCUACUUGUGGUGGAGACGCAGCCUACUGGUGAGUCUACCUCGACAGAAACUCAACCUCCAGUCGACAAAUCAGCUCCUCAACUAGUCAAUCAUCAGAACGUCAGUGGAAACACCCCGUUACACUGGGCCGCUGUGAAUGGUCAUCUUGAAGUUGUCCGUUUACUGGUCCAGCAUGGCGCGGACCCGACGAUUGUUAAUGCUGCAGGGAGAGAUGCCGUCGUCGAAGCUGAGUUCAGUGCAAGAGAGGGUGCGGAUAAAUGCGCGGAGUGGAUGUUGAAGAAUUGUGACGGGCUGGAAAAGGGUAUUGGUGGAGGUGCUGGGGAAGGGUCAGCUGGUGAAAGAGAGGGAGAUGAUCUGGCCGAGGAAGAGGAUGGAGAAUCAGAAACGAUUGACACCGCCGCCGACAAGCAGCAGACAUGAUGAUGAUGAAAUGGGUUCUCGACUGGAAGAUCAUCCCCUGGGCUGUGUUCAUGGAUCGACCUUUUCGCACACAGCUGCAGGAGUCAAUCAAUGUAUGCAUCCACGCAGUGGGCUGUGUUUACGGGUCAAAGUCACCCAAACAUGUCCAGAAAGCCUCCUUUACCAAGGCCACCGGGGUUGGUGACUCAACAAACAAAUCAUCCUGUCCCAACGGUAGACUGAUCGGUCGAUCCAACGGCGAAGUCAACAGGCUUCGCCGAAUACUGCCGAAUACUGGAUCGCAGCCACAUUAGUCUGAGCUGAGGUUAGCCAUCUACCCAUGAUCGUGGUGUCGAAUCUCGCCAAAUCUCCGAUACCAAGCCCGAAAUAGCUCGCGCCGAGUGACAGAACAAGGUUCGGAGCGAGAAGAUGUGGUAGUGGAGUCGAGUCUAAAAGGACUCUUGUGGUUCCCGCAGACCAUAGGCACUGUAUGUCGCAAAUGUCGAACGUGGUCGGGAGUCAGGCCUUGCCCUGCGACUAGUGACGGCCUGUUCGGGGUCGCCGGCUGAACCGCCAAUGGCUCUUGAGUCUACACUCUGCAAUGAGCAUGCAUCAAGGGUGGCAAUCGUCCCGCGAUAGAAUAGGAGGUUUAGCUUAUGCUAAUUGAAAGGCACCUGUCCUUUUUCUCUCUACGUCAGAGUCAGAUCGGCCGUGGACUUGGACAGGGAAAACCACUGCAGCUGCGGCGACAGUUGGAAACGACAGUAUCCGAAGUAGAUUAGGCGAACAAUAGGUGAACAAUAGAUAUUUC